UGGUUCCCUUCUUUUCAAAGGAAAACACAUGUUGUAGUAGUUUUGGGAAGCCCAUAGCCUCACAAGUAAAAUCUCGUUCAAUUUCCCACAAAAUUGGAGCCUUCAAACUAAAAGUUCAAUUCCUCUGCUCUGUUAAUUCAUUAUUGCUAUAUGGCGUUGCUUGUGUCAAGUGUGCAAUUUCAACCUGGAUUAAGAAUUGUAUAUUCUGUACAGAAAAGGCAAAAUCCAAACAACAUUCUUCACAAAAGGUCUCAAUCCAAAACCCGAUUCUCUUUCUCUAGCAAUUCGAUAAAUCAGCGAUAUCGGUACAUAUCUCCCCUAAAUUCGGCUUCAAUUAAUGGAUACUCCGUACAAGAAGCUGAUUCUAGUGAGAAGCUGGGGGUGAAAUGGAUGGAAUUUGUUCGGAAUGUAUUUCCGGGUGGAAAUUGGUGGAGGCUUGAUGUGGAUGAUAUUGGAAUAACGGCAAAGCCUGUGACUGUUGUGCGUGCUCUUCACCGAAUGUGGGAAUUGAUAGCUCAAGAUGGUUUGCUUAUUUUUGCUGCUUUUACUGCACUCAUUAUUACUGCUUUAUCAGAAAUUAGUAUCCCGCAUUUUCUGACAGCAUCCAUCUUUUCGGCGCAAAGUAGCAGUAUCGCAGUGUUCCACCGGAAUGUGCGCAUCUUGGUAGUGCUCUGCAUCAUUUCCGGAAUAUGCAGUGGUGUGCGAGGUUGCUUUUUUGGGCUCGCAAAUAUGAUCCUGGUCCAGCGAAUGAGGGAAAAAUUGUAUUCCACUCUUCUUCUUCAGGAUAUAUCCUUUUUUGAUUCUGAAACAGUUGGUGAUUUGACAAGUAGGCUAGGGGCAGAUUGUCAACAAGUCUCUCGCGUAAUUGGAAAUGACCUAAAUCUGAUUUUGCGUAAUGUUCUCCAGGGAACAGGUGCUUUAGCUUAUUUGUUGAUUUUGUCCCCACCACUGGGAUUGUGCACAUUGGCUAUCUGCUGUGCACUUCUCACGAUAAUGCUGUUGUAUGGCCAAUACCAGAAGAAAGCAGCUAAAUUAAUUCAGGAGUACACUGCUUCUGCAAAUGAAGUUGCCCAAGAGACAUUCUCCCUCAUGAGGACUGUACGAGUGUAUGGAACCGAGGAACAAGAACUGGGAAGGUAUGCACGGUGGCUAGGGAAGUUAGCUGAUAUAAGCUUGCGUCAAAGUGCUGCUUAUGGAUAUUGGAACUUUAGCUUCAACACACUCUAUCACUCAACACAGGUUAUUGCUGUGCUGGUAGGAGGAAUGUCUAUUCUGGCUGGUCAUAUUACAGCAGAACAACUUACAAAAUUCAUAUUGUACAGUGAAUGGUUGAUUUAUUCUACAUGGUGGGUGGGGGACAAUUUAUCAUCAUUGAUGCAGUCUAUUGGGGCAAGUGAGAAGGUUUUUCAAUUAAUGGAUCUUAGACCUAGUGGUCAAUUCGUUGACAAAGAUCCCUCUGGCUAACUGAAUCUUCUAAUGGCCGAAGUAUAAGUUAAACUGAAACUAGGCACAAAAUAGACUCACCAGAGUUGGUGUGCAUUCAUACUUUGGCUUUCUGCAAAGGCCCGUUCAUGUUCAAAGAAUGAUUUCAUGAUUCGGUUAAAGGAAAUUUCUCUCCUAUGCUUCAAAGUGAAAUUUUUUGAGGUAGAAGGCCUGAUAAAUACCUGAAAUCCCCUGUGUACGCUUAAAUUUCUGAGAGAGAAGCUUUAUGAAGUUGUAGAUCUUCUUCAAGACUGGCUUUUAUGGAAGAUGUUUUGCGAAGCGUGGCUCAACUGUUUGCUGUGUUUUCUUGACAAAUGGUAGAAGAUGGCGUGUAUAUCAUUGGGGGUGAAGGGGGAGGCAGUGGUUUGUACUUAGAGGUACAAAUUAUUUAGGUGUUCAUAAAAGCAAGUGUUCUCAACUACCGAUGGAGAGGGUGUAGAAUCACUUUACCUCUGUCCUUAAACAACAUUAGUCGCUCUUUGAUGCAAAGUUCCAUCCAAU